GGCCGGGGAGGGAGUUGCCGAAGUCCUCGCCGAGCGGCCCGCACGCAGCGGGCUGGGCGCCCCGCGCCAGGCGCAUUCCGGGUCCCUCCGGCCGCCGCCGCCGCCUCCCUCCGGAGCCAUGCGCCCCCCGCCCCCGCGCCAGCCCCCGCCGCCGGCGGCUGGGGCGCGGAGCUCGCUGAGCCUGCAGCGAUCCUUCCUGCGCAGCCCGCUGGGCGUGCUGCGGCUGCUGCAGCUGCUGGCCGGAGCCGCCUUCUGGAUCACCAUCGCCUCCAGCAAGUACCAGGGCCCCGUGCACUUCGCGCUCUUCGUCUCCGUGUUCUUCUGGCUGCUCACGGCCGGCCUCUACUUCACCACCCUGCUGGGCAAGCACGAGCUGGUGCCGCUGCUGGGCCCCCGCUGGCUGCUCACCAACGUGGUCCACGACCUGCUGGCGGCCGGCCUGUACGUGGCGGCCUCGGGCAUCAUGAUCGACCAGACACAGCGGCACAGCUACUGCAACCUGAAGGAUUACCCGCUGCCCUGCGCCUACCACGCCUUCCUGGCCGCCUCGGUCUGCGGCUGCUUCUGCCUCUCGCUCUACCUGCUCUCAGCGCUCUACGGCUCCUGCCGCCGCUGCCGGGGCCACCAGGACUUAGCGUGAGGCCGGCCCCGGCCGCCGGCGCGGGAGGAGGGAAGCCAACAGAAGAGCCUCCCACCCCAGCGCCCUCCCUCGCCAGAUCCCUUCCUCUCCGUUCCUCUCCGCUCCGCACAGCCCCACUCUCCAGCUACCCGCCCUCCCAGCCCU